AUGCCGUCGGUUUCGAAAACGGCGGCCAAUGCGUCUCCUCAAACCGAGAAACCGACCCACUAUACCUACUUGAAGGAGUUCAGGACCGAGCAGUGCCCACUUUUCCUGCAGCACAAGUGCACACAGCACAGACCGUUUACGUGCUUCCACUGGCACUUUCUCAACCAGAGGAGGAGGAGACCCAUCCGCCGCAGGGACGGCACCUUCAACUACAGCCCCGAUGUCUACUGCACCAAAUAUGACGAGACCACCGGCAUCUGCCCUGACGGAGACGACUGUCCUUAUUUACACCGGACAACGGGCGACACCGAGCGCAAAUAUCACCUCCGCUAUUACAAGACGGGCACGUGCAUCCACGAGACGGACGCCCGGGGGCACUGUGUGAAGAACGGCCUCCACUGCGCAUUUGCCCACGGCCCACACGAUCUCAGACCUCCCGUCUAUGACAUCAGAGAGAUCCAAGCACAAGAGGCGCUUCAGAAUGGACAGCUUGGAUCUGGAGAAGGUAUUCCCGACUUGCAGCCCGGCGUCUUAGCCAGUCAAGCCAUGAUAGAGAAGACCCUGACAGAGGACCCUAGGUGGCAAGACACUAAUUUUGUUUUAGCCAACUACAAAACGGAGCAGUGCAACAAGCCGCCAAGACUGUGCCGACAAGGCUACGCUUGUCCACACUACCACAACAGUCGAGACCGUAGACGCAAUCCACGCAAGUAUAAGUACAGGUCGACUCCGUGCCCAAGCGUGAAACAUGGCGAUGAAUGGGGAGAGCCUUCCAAGUGUGAGAGCUGCGACGCUUGCCAGUAUUGUCACUCACGCACGGAGCAGCAGUUCCACCCCGAGAUCUACAAAUCUACCAAGUGCAAUGACAUGCGGCAAACCGGCUACUGUCCCAGGGGGCCCUUUUGUGCCUUUGCACAUGUAGAACGAAUCGCCUCCACCGAUGAAACAAUGAGCACGUUGCUAACUGCAAUACAUUCCAGUUCACAUUCCCAGCCGGGCUCUCAGCAGUAUUCCGAGUGUCCUGUCGGUGAGUGGACGACAGCCGGAGGCUCCAGCAACGGCCAAGUUGCAAGUACACAAAACAGUGUCUUCUGCACGGUGAACCCCUUGGCGUCUAGCUUCACCUCCAGCAUAACGUCCAGCUUGGCCUCCAGCAUUGGUUCGGACAGCUCCUCCCCAACUACAUUGUCCACCAUGAAUGCAAAAGCCACACCCUUUUAUCCUGGGAGCAACACAGUGGAAUCAGUCAUCGGAUCUGCUCUGGAUCUCAACUUUUGUGAUAUUAAUGUGGCAUCCCUUGAUAAGGAGCUAGAAGAACAAGAUAACAAUGCCGGACUGGAAAGUCAAAGGUUGUUCGGGGGCUCAGCCCCGGUCAACAUUCCCGGCUCAUUGGCACGCUCGUCCUCUUUCAAUUCCUCCUCGUCAUUGUCCACAUCGCCGCUGAGCUCGUUGUCACAGUCGCAGUCUUUGCUGUCUGCCGCAGUGUCACAACAUCACAACCACAGUGCUAACAUGUUGGCCAAACAGGAGCACGGCCUGCUGGGAACGCCCACAUCUUCUUCCCAGAACUCUUUAGGCUUGAACGGCACAGGCAGCAUUUGGGACUUUGUGAGUGGCAGCUUCUCAACGAGUCAGUCGCCUGUCUUUAGUAGCCUGAUGACGGGCAGUGCUGAUGUUUCGCGCCUUUUUCGGGAGCUGGAUGAGGCCAAGAGAAAGAUCAAACAGUGGGAGGAGGCCUGGCACCAGGUCAAACAGGCAUGUGAAUCAUGCCAGAAAGAUGCCCACGAAGCCAAGGAACAAGCCAAGGAGGCGGAAGCGGAGCGGCAGCUGGCCGAACAGAAACGAGACGAGUCUGAGCGCAGGCUGAAGGACCUUCGCGGGGACUUUGACGCGCUGUGCCGGGCGCCCGGAACACCGCUCCUGCGCAGCUACGGCGAGCUGGACCAACUGUCUCUCUCCAAGCUGCACUCACUCAAGAAUCAGCUGUGCAAAGAUCUCGACCUUAUAGACGGGGUCAUAUACAUGCUUCAGUCAAAGAAAUGUGUAGUUUGCCAAAAGCAUGACCGAAGCAUUGUGCUGCAGCCGUGCCAACAUUUCGUUCUAUGCGAGAGCUGCGCGCCCAGCAAAUCCGAAUGUCCCUACUGUCGAACAAAAAUACUCAAAUGGUGA